AAGAAGUAUAAUUGGCUUGAAUAUAGUGUCUCAAAAGAUGAUGCUUAUUCUCUAUAUUGCUAUGUGUUCAGUAAGCGAGGUGGGAGUAAUGAUGGCUUUAUUGGUGAAGGAUUUAGAACAUGGAAUAAAUUGAAAGCUUUUGAUGAUCAUGUUGGGGAGCAUAACAGCUACCACAAUAGAGCCAAAAACAGUUCAGAUCUUUUAUUGAAGCAAGCAAGAGGAAUUGAAGCUGCAUUAUUUAGACAAUCAGAUCAAGCCAAAAGAGAUUAUCGAAUUCGUUUGGUUGCUUCACUUGAUUGCAUAAGGUGGCUAGUAGUGAAUGGAUUAUCAUUUCGAGGGCAUGAUGAAUCUGCAACUUCAAGUAACAGAGGUAACUUUCUUCAGCUAUUAGAUUUCCAUGCUCUUGGUAGAGAAGAUGUGCAAAGAGUGAUUGGGAGGAAUGCUCCAAAGAAUCUCCAACUCACCUCUCCAAAGAUUCAAAGAGAUCUUAUUCAUGCUAUGGCUUGUGAAACGACUAAGAAAAUCAUUGUAGAUAUUGGGAAUAAUGUUUUCUGCAUAUUGGUUGAUGAGACUCGUGAUAUAUCAAUGAAAGAGCAGAUGGCUAUUGUUUUGCGUUAUGUGAAUUCUGAUGGUUGUGUUAUGGAAAGAUUUCUUUGUACUUCUCAUGUGCGAAAUACUAAAGCGUUGACAUUGAAGAAGGAAAUCGAAGCAAUGCUUUUGAAACAUGGAUUGAGCAUGUCAAUGAUAAGGGGACAAGGCUAUGAUGGAGCUAGCAACAUGAAAGGGGAAAUAAAUGGUUUGAAGACCUUGAUCUUGGCUCAAAAUUCUUCGGCAUAUACAUUCAAUGCUUUGCUCAUCAACUUCAAUUAG